UUUUCAGUGUUCUUUUUUCAACUAUUUUGAUCACAGAACAACGUUGUUGUUCGCAUAAUGUUUGUUCCGCCAACAAAACGUUUAGAAUUUUAUAGUGGCAGGAUAGGUGCAUUGCUAGACUUACUGGAAAGCCUGCUUUUGAAAGAGUUCUGGAGAGGAUGAAGAGGAGCACAAAAGGUGGAGUAAGUGUAUUCUCCACACCUACUACUAGCCCUUUUAUUAUAGAAACAUAAUCUGAUGCACUCUAACCGGUCCUCAUUUGUUCGCUCAUCCAUAUUACAUUAUUCGACACCAACCUUAGCUCACAACACUAGGAACCACUUAUCUUCCUUGCCAAACUUGAAACAAACUUACACAGAAAACCCAGUACCAUACAUUGUCAAGAAAUGCAUUGCUCACUUGCAGUUAUGUGCCUCCUCCAUAUUCAAACUGAAGCAAAUCCAUGCCUUCUCAAUCAGACAUGCUGUCCCACUGUCAAACCCAGAGAUGGGCAAACACCUCAUCUUCACCAUUGUGUCCCUCUUAGCUCCCAUGUCUUAUGCCCAACACAUAUUUGGACAGAUACAGGGUCCCAACAUUUUCACAUGGAAUACCAUGAUUAGAGGCUAUGCUGAGAGUGAGAACCCGUGGCCAGCCAUUGAACUUUAUCGCCAAAUGCACGAGUCCUCCAUUGAACCUGACACACACACAUACCCUUUUCUUUUAAAGGCUGUAGCCAAGUUGACUGCUGUUAGAGAGGGUGAAAAGAUACAUUCUAUUUCUAUAAGGAAUGGAUUUGAGUCGUUGGUAUUUGUUCAGAACUCAUUGGUUCAUAUGUAUGCUGCUUGUGGACAUGCCGAUAGUGCACACAAGAUGUUUGAUUUAAUGGUUGAUAGAGAUCUUGUGGCUUGGAAUUCUGUGAUUAAUGGGUUUGCUCUUAAUGGGUUGCCCAGUGAGGCUCUUACACUUUUCAGGGAAAUGGGUUUGGAGGGUGUCCAGCCAGAUGGGUUCACUAUGGUAAGUUUGUUGUCUGCUUGUGCUGAGCUUGGAGCUUUGGCAUUGGGUAGGAGGGCCCAUGUUUAUAUACUGAAGAUUGGUUUGAGUGUAAACUUGCAUGUUAACAAUGCCCUUUUGGACCUUUAUGCAAAGUGUGGGAGCAUAAGAGAGGCACAUAAAGUAUUCAAUGAGAUGGAGGACAAAAAUGUGGUUUCCUGGACUUCUUUGAUAGUUGGGUUGGCUGUUAAUGGGUUUGGUAAGGAAGCACUUGAGCUCUUCAAGGAGUUGGAAAGAGAACGGUUGGUGCCAAGUGAGAUAACAUUUGUUGGGGUCCUGUAUGCUUGUAGUCAUUGUGGAAUGGUGGAUGCAGGUUUUAAAUAUUUUAAGAGGAUGAAAAAUGAAUAUGGCAUUGUGCCUAGGAUAGAACACUACGGUUGCAUGGUUGAUUUGUUAGGUAGGUCAGGCAAAGUGAAAGAAGCAUAUGAAUAUAUUCAAAACAUGCCAUUGCAACCCAAUGCUGUUGUUUGGAGGACCUUGUUAGGAGCAUGCACAAUUCAUGGAAAUUUGGCUCUUGGGGAGGUUGCAAGGGCCCAACUCCUACAAUUGGAGCCUGGACACAGUGGGGAUUAUGUACUUCUCUCCAAUCUCUAUGCAGCAGAGCGUCAUUGGUCAGACGUGCAAAAGGUUAGGAGGAUAAUGCUUGCCGAAGGAGUGAGGAAAACUCCUGGCUAUAGCCUUGUUGAGUUAGGGAAUUGUGUUUAUGAAUUUACCAUGGGUGAUAGUUCUCAUCCUCAAAGUAAGGAUAUAUAUGCAAUGUUAGCAGAGAUCACAAAGUUGUUGAAAUUGGAAGGUUAUAUGCCUCAUACAACAAAUGUGCUUGCAGACAUAGAGGAGGAGGAAAAGGAGAAUGCUUUGUCUUAUCACAGUGAGAAAAUUGCAAUUGCUUUUAUGCUCAUUAAUACAGCACCAGGGACCCCAAUUAGGGUUGUAAAAAAUCUGAGAGCCUGUGCAGAUUGCCAUCUAGCAAUUAAACUCAUAUCAAAAGUUUUUAAGCGAGAGAUUGUUGUGAGGGAUCGUAGUCGGUUUCACCAUUUCAAAGAUGGUUCUUGUUCUUGUAGAGAUUACUGGUAACUGAAGGAUACUUUGUAACUGUUGGCUAAAAGCAUAUGGUAGAGGUUUGCAUUCAUAUAAGAAAGAUAUUUUUUUGAUAAGUCAUUCACAUAGAUGAGAUGAAGCUGCUGCUGGAGAUAUGCCUGUAAACUUCACUCACUUGUUACCCUCUCCUCGUGUUUGUGUGAUGCCAAUCUAUGCUUAACUUGGAGAUUAUUGCUAUUUCUGAUGGUAAUUGAUGCCUACUUUCUUUACUUGUUAGUACUCAACAUUGUUAAAUUGUGAAGGAAAACAUCAAACUUCUACCUU